AUGACCUUAAAUCUUAGUGUACUGACCCUUAAUCAAAUUAUUUGGGAUUCAGAAGUGGAAGAAAUUGUUUUAUCUAUUAAUAGUGGUCAAAUUGGCUUAUUACCAAAUCACGCCCCUAUUGCCACAACUGUAGAUAUAGGGAUUUUGAGAAUACUCCUUAACGACCAAUGGUUAACGAUGGCUCUGAUGGGUGGUUUUGCUAGAAUAGGAAAUAAUGAGAUCACUAUUUUAGUAAAUGAUGUGGAGAAGGGUAGUGACAUUGAUCCACAAGAAGCUCAGCGAAAUCUUGAAAUAGCGAAAGCUAAUGUGAAAAAGGCUGAAGGAAGGAGACAAAAAAUUGAGGCAAAUCUAGCUCUACGACAAACUAGGACACGGGCGGAGGCUAGCAAUCUUAUUUCAUAA